AUUGCGCAAAAGGCUUUGGGAAUUGUUUCAGCCGGGGAACUCCCAUUAGAGUUGAAAAUUGUUACUGAUAACCAAAUUGGCACAACCCGUCGAGAGAGAUUAUUUUCUGUAAUUGCCUUUGGGUGAAUUUUAAUUGCUAAAGAAGCAGUUUUUAUAUUCCAGUAUUUUCAAAAAUGCUGCACGACACUUAACCGUCAAGUGCAUUUAGUAGCCUAGCAAUAUGAGUAAGCCUGGCAGUGCUCCGCCGCAGUUCACCUAUGUGCCGCCCCCCUCGGCGCCGCCCUCGUACCAGGAGGCUGUGGGCGGGGUGAAGCCCGUGGGUCCAUACACGCCCGUUGUUGCGCCCGCAACCACGGCGAACACCACGAUUGUGACCACUGUGGUGCCCAUCAGCCGCACCUCGACGCACAUGAUCUGCCCGUCGUGCCACGCCGAGAUUGAGACGACCACGCGCACCGAGCCCGGAAUGAUUGCCUACUUGUCCGGCUUUUUGAUUGCCCUAUUCGGAUGCUGGCUGGGAUGCUGCCUGAUACCUUGCUGCAUUGAUGACUGCAUGGAUGUGCACCACUCGUGUCCCAACUGUCGGGCGUAUUUGGGCCGUUAUCGUCGAUAGGAUCGAUGGGCGCAGCAGGAUCUUCGGGUUCAGGCGGAUCCGCGUUGUUCCGUGGUGUAGAGUGUUUACUUUAAGCAAGCGUUUUUGCCUUUAUUUAUUUAAUUGUAGUAAUAUCAUUUGGAUUCCACAGCGAAGGCAGUUGGAACGGGCCAAGGCUUCCCUUAAUCUAACUUCUAGCUAACUCGCUCAAUUGCUCCGCCGUUUAUAUAUUUUGGUUCGCCCAAAUCCUUAUUGUUACCUGUAUGUUUCUGCCACGCUAAAGAUAGUUUUUACGUGUACAUUAAAUAACAAAAUAUCCAGCGCUCCGCGGACAGGACAACUACUACGAAAAAUUAAAUAAUUAAUGUGCUUUUCAUGUACUCUGUAUAUGUACUGGCCUGAUUACGAGCACGUUUAAGUCGCCUGUGCGUCCAUUUUGAAAAGCAGGACCUUAAAUAUUUGCACAAAUUGUAAAUCCAUUCAAGACCAGCUUGGGUUUUACGCACAUUGUUUGGGAAAUACAUGUCAAAAAGAAAAAAUAAAAGAUAUUUUUGUAACAAUACUAUGAAAGCUAAUCUCUGUAAUAAUUAAUCACCAAAUCUAUAUAAUUGACUUUUUAUUUUUAAAUAAAACGUAAAAUGUCACUAAA